AAUCUGAAUUGUUUGUCAGGAAUUGCAACAAGUAGUGAAAUUGGGCCGGGCUAGUGAAGCGGCGAGAGGUGCAGUGACCGAAAGCGGGACUCCGUCAGCGUCUGACGCGCUGCUCGCAGACUACUCGGUGACCCCGGCCGUCAACGCGGCUCGAACCCCGCGCACUCCUGCCGCCGUCACUGAUCGCGUACUGCAGGAAGCUCAAAAUAUGAUGGCACUGAGUCACGUUGACACACCUCUGAAGGGAGGUCUGAACACACCUCUGCAAAACUCUGAUUUCAGUGGAGUCAAUCCGCAGAAAGAAAUUAUUCAAACUCCGAAUACUGUUCUGUCGACGCCGUUUUCUCAAAGGACAACUCAAGAUGGGAGAACACCAGGCUUCCAGACUCCUAGGAGUGAAAUGGGAGGUGGCAUCAACCCGACACCAGUCCGCGACAAACUGAAUAUCAACCCAGAUGACAUGAUGGACGCCCCUGAUACACCGAUAGCCAUGCGCAACUACCAGAGUCAAGUCAAAGAGCAGCUAGCAGCAGGUCUCAACGCGUUGCCCAACCCGAAAAACGACUACGAGAUAGUUGUGCCUGAGGAGGAGAUGAACUCAAGCGAUGCUAAGCAAUCCAGGCAGUUGUCGGUUGAAGAUCAGGCUGAUGUGGACGCCAGAGCGGCGGCGGUGUUGGCGCUAGAGCGGGAAAAAGAGCUGAAAAGUAGGUCACAGGUCGUGCAAAGGAGUCUACCUCGACCUCCUGAUGUCAACAUUGUGUUGAGACCGAUGAACUCCGAGCCUCCACUCACUGAUCUCCAAAAGGCUGAGGAACUCAUCAAGCAGGAGAUGAUCACCAUGUUGCAUUAUGAUGCUAUCUAUUCCCCUGAUACCGAAAAAACGAGUAAUAGAAACAUGAUGAGUCAAGCACAACACAUGGCACACCUCGAACAACAUCCCUACGAAUCGUUCACUCCUCAGGAGCUGGCACGUGCCGAGGAGAUGCUGAAGAAAGAGAUGGAAGUUGUGAAACAAGGCAUGAGUCAUGGUGAGUUGUCUCUCGAGUCUUUUUCACAAGUUUGGGACGAGUGUUUCUCCCAUGUGCUAUUCCUAGCCAAUCAAAACCGGUAUACCAGAGUCAGGUUAGCCAGCAAGAAAGACAGGCUGGAAUCUUUGGAAAAGCGGUUGGAACAAAACAGAGGGCACAUGACUAAGGAGGCUAGGCGAGCAGCGAAAAUGGAGAAGAAAAUUAAAUUGAUUACUGGUGGUUACCAGACUAGAGCACAAGGACUUGUGAAACAAUUCCAGGACCUUGUUGACCAAGUAGAACAAGCGCACAUGGAGUUGUCAACCUUCAAGUUUCUGCAGCAACAGGAGGAAGCGGCAAUCCCGCGCAGAAUGGAAUCCCUGACCGAUGACGUCAAUCGACAGAUGGAGAGAGAGAAAAGCUUGCAGAAAAAAUUUGGUGAACUUAGGUUAGCGGUGGCAGAAGGCAAACAAACUCAGUUGUAAAUGUGAUCAUAAUAUUAUGAUAGUAUGAAUUAUGUAUACUACAUCUGAAUUAUGUGCGCAUAAUAUUAUGAUAGUAUGAAGUAUGUAUAAUACAUCUGAAUUAUGUGAACAGUGUGAAUUUUGACUGUUAGUACGGGCGCAAAUGUCAUUCCGUGGUCAUUUUUGAGUAACAGCCGUGGAAGAUGUCUCAAUUUCCUCGUUAGGUCUAGCAUAAUAAGGAUCGUGAUGAUGAUAAGUCGAAAUCACAGGCAAACACCUCG